CCAGCCCGUCGCGACGGCGGCAGGUGGACAGAGGAAGCGAGGAGCUCGUCGCCGUCGUCGUCUCCUCUUUUUUCCUCCCCCCCCUACCGCUUUUCGCAAAUAAAAGGACGGCCUGCCCACUUUCCGUCGAUGGACGCCUGAAUCAGCACAAGUUGUAUUUAUUUACUUGUUAUCAACCUUCCUGUCAGCACGUUUCGGCACUGCAUUUGGUGUUGUUUCCUCGUUGACUUAACCUUUCUCCACUGGAAAAACACAAUUGGGUUCCCACGUGUGCUUCAAUGUCGGUUUCAGCCUCAACUUCGCCCGCCAACCCGCGGGACACUGCCCGUUUGGUGCUAGAGAUGGACAGCAACAACAACAACAACAGCGGAAGCAACAGCGGUAGCCAGAACAACGCCGGCAGCGGCGGCGCCACCGACAAGUCGGGCAGCAGCAGCAACAACAACGACAAGAUCGACCCCAACUUGAAGUUUGUCGACGACGAAAACGUGAAAAUGGACUCCAAAAAGGACCACGACGGUGAUGAAAUCAUGCACGAGCAGGACGCAGACGCCAAACCGGCCAACGACGAUGACGCCGCCAAAAACGCAGGCUCCGCGGAGGAACGGCAGCAGCAGCAGCAGGACCAGCAAGGGCCGAACGCAGACGAGGGCAACGAGGGCAGUGAUAAGGACAAGGCAGCAGAGGGCCAGCCACGUGAAACGCAGGGAACCGUCUUGUCCGAGGAGGAAGCGAAGAAAAAACAGCUGUUCUUCUCCAGCCUCAAGGACUUGACGGAAAACAUCUCGAGCACCAUCGCCGAGAUCAGCAUCCUCAUACCAAAAAUUUACGACCAGAACUCGUUGUUCAAUUCCUAUUCCAACUUCUUGAUCAACUCGAACACGUUUGAGUCCUACGACAGCUACAUUGCCAAAGUCGAAGGUAUCUCCGCCUCCGGCAACGACGACGACGACGCGUCCAACCCUGCAGACCCGCUCCAUGCCUCACAUGAUCCUAACGACCUUCUCAGUUUGCACCAACAGGCACGUGCAAACCGUUUCUACCACAAGUUGUAUUCUCCUUUACCGAUGAUACCGGGGACGAGAAUCCCGGAGAUAGACUUGAACAACCAGGCCAAGACAGUGAAGGACGUUUGGGAUGAAUGGACCAUGGGCUACAAAAACAACCCUGCUCUACAAAAACUGGAGAAGAAGUACGGUACCCGUUGGCGUCGUGGGAGAAUUGCUAAGAGCGCUCAGAGACGUAAGAAGGUUAUAGAGUUCAUUGAAAGCGAAUUCAACAGACACAAAUCUGUCGUAUCGAAUCCUUUGACUGUCGUGCAAGACUUGGAAAAUUACCGGAUUUUGAAAGGAAAAGGUCUUUUCUGGCUCUAUGGUGCCUUACCGGAUAGAUUGUAUGACGAUGCCGGUCGCCCCGUCUUUCAAAACGUCGGAGACGUUGCUGAUGUCAAUACCGAGGAUGCUCCAAACUCGAAGAUUAGCAAGGAGCUUGAAAAUGGGACUGUAAUUGAGCAAGGCUCUAUUGAUGGUGCCGAGAACAACAUUAAUGAGAAUAAUAUCGAAACAGAAGCCACAGAGUCGGGGAAAACUGAUGACGACAAGAUUGAUGACAACUUGAAAGCUGUUGACUCAAACAAUACCAUCACCAAUAAUUCCAAUACCGCGACCACAGCAAACACCGGUUAUUCCAACACCUCCGAUAAAUUAUCCAGUAGAGAUGUCGACCCGGAGAAGAAAGAGCAACGUUCGACUGCCAAUGAUGACAUCGAUAUAGAUCAGUUGAACUCCUCUGAUAAGUCCAAAUCGAUUCCUAACGAGGAAGAAGAAGACGAGGAAGAGGAAGAUGACGACGAUGUGAAUAUGCCCUCUGUGGCCGACGUCGCCGCCAUGGCUUCGAUGUCUGUCGAGGGUGAAGAUGAUGAACAUUCAUUGGUAGAUUCUGCUGCAUUGGCCGUAGCGGCUCAACACGUUGCAGAUCAGCAAAGGCUCAGAGACAGAGAGAAGUCAUCUGCAAAGUCACAGAACGACAAUGAAGAAGGCGAUUUGAAUAAUUACAUCUCUACCGAGGAUGGAUUGAAUGAAAACACAGAUCCGGCACUAUCAAAGUUAUAGUGGAUUGUUCAUCUUUCUUCCUUGUUUCCAUGAGGAUGAAGGAAACUUGAAAAAAAAGGAAAAAAAAUUAAAAUAUAUUGUAGUUUUAUUGGUGAUCCAUGUUGUAUAUUUUUGUUAAUUGUUUAUUUAUAGUUCUUUCUUUUAUCUCUCAUUCUACUUUUUAGUUUUUAUUGUAUAGUAAUUUUGAUCUUAACAAAGCAACAGCUUCUGCAUUUUCGCCU